AAGCCUCAUUGCUGUUGACCAUGCCUGAUGGGAAACCUGCUUGUGUCCCCAUGGCUUCCUCAUACCGCAGUUUGCGCUACUGGGAGUCACCACUCCUUUGCGGAGUCCAGCUAUUUAAGCAGAGCACCCUGAAGAAUGCGUCUUACAGGGAAGGAGGCAGGUCUGCAUACUGUGUUGGUUUUUCCAGCACUCGGCACAGUGUGAAGUGCUGUCUGAAGUGAUCCUGUUACCAUGGCUUCCCAGGGUCAGGUCAUUUUCUGGAGCACGAUCACCGUCACCCUAAUUCUCGCAGCAGUGAUUGCACUGAUCAUCGGCUUUGGAGUUUCAGGUAGACACUCCAUCAGCGUCACUGCUUUGACCUCUGCUGGGAACAUUGGAGAGAACAGCAUCUUGGGCUGCACAUUUGAGCCUGACAUCAAACUCGGCAAUGUUGUAAUUCAGUGGGUAAAGGAUGGUGUUGCUGGGCUGGUCCACGAGUACCGAGAUGGCAAGGACCAGCUGCAGAGCCAGGGCAAGGCUUUCCAGGGCCGCACGGCGGUUUUUGCAGAGCAGGUGAUUAGUGGGAAUGCAUCCCUGAUGCUCAGAGAUGUGCAGCUGUCUGAUGCUGGCACCUACCGCUGCUCUGUGACCACAUCCAAAGGGAAUGGAGAGGCAGUGCUGGAGUAUAAAACUGGAGCCUUCAGCACUCCAGAGGUGCAUGUGGAUUACAACAACAGUGGCGAGACCCUGCGGUGCGAGGCGCCCCGGUGGUUCCCUCAACCGGUGGUUAUGUGGACCUCACCCAAUGUCACAGGGAACAACCUCUCUGAGGUCGUCAACACCAGCUUCAAGCUGAACUCAGAGAAUGUGACUAUGAAGGUGGUGUCCUUUCUGCACAACAUCACUGCUAAUACCACCUACACCUGCGUAAUCAAGAAUGGCAUUGCCAAAGCCACGGGGGAUAUCCAUGUGACAGUUUCCAAUGUCACAAAGAAGAUAGAAGUGCAGCUUAUAAACCUGAACAUGGCAUCCGCUUCCUCAUCUCCUUCUGCCCUUCAUUGGGUGCUUCUUCCCUUCCUGUUCCUGUUGUCCUUGUAAUACUGACCUGCCAGGAAGAAAUGCACAGAGGACAUACAAGUGGAGGACAGACACCACAUCUGUGCUGACUGUGGAAC